AAACUCCACCGUUUAACUAUAAUUGUUUUCAAUGAAAAAUCAAAUUUCUUGAAGUACAUAAAUAAUAAUACAUUUUUUGGGAUCUGAAAGAGAUAAAAUGGAUUCAUCAAUGGAUGUUACAACAGAAUCUCCUAGCUCAAGUGCGAUUAGUGGAAAACCUGGAAUGAUUCUAUUAACGAGUCAGAAAAACCAUAUACACAAGUGGGCUGAUAUAACUGAUGAAUUCAUGAGCUCCGUAAAAGAUUUAUCUCUGGGAGAAUUACUACAUGACGAUAUGUUUGGAUUGUUCGAAGCGAUGUCUGCCAUAGAAAUGAUGGAUCCGAAAAUGGAUGCUGGAAUGAUGUGUAACAGAGGUUUCAAACAUAUUAUGGACUUUGAUGAACAAGUGGAGAAGAAUAUCUUAAAAUUGAAUAAUUUUACUAGUGAAGAAAGAAUUGGCAUCAUCGAUACUACCUUGGCUUGCAUUGUUUCUUGGCUUGAGGGACAUUCAUUAGCUCAAACUGUUUUCAUAAAUUUAUAUUUACAUAAGCCCUAUAUGAUUGAAGACAAACUGAUGAAAGUAUUUUCUUUAUCUGUGUACAAGCUUGUAGAAAUUCUCAAAGAUUAUAUACACAAAGCAAUGGUAUAUGAAGAAGAGGAUUUUCAGCCUAUGCAGUAUGGAUAUUACUUACUUCCAGAUAUUUCUGAACAAAGAAUGUCAGGCAUGCUUAGGGAAAUUGAAGAGGAGCUAAUUAAAAAGUUAAAAUCGCCUUCUGAUAAUGUAGAACUUAUUCAAGCGGAGCAUUCUCGUAUAAAAUUCAUCAAAGCACUUUAUCAGUUACUGCUUUCUUUACGUAAAGAAAAUCAGUUGGGUAACGUUGACAAUAUAAGAUUGCUGAAUACUGCCUUGGAAAUGCUACAACAUGUGAAAAACACUGUAGAUUUUGGAAUUGAAGGAAUAGAAGAUGGAAAAUCGAAUAUGUUGGGAUUUGAACCAAUGAUUAAUCAAAGACUGCUACCGCCAACUUUCCCAAGAUAUACUAAAAUAAAACCAAAGAAAGAAGCAUUGAAUUUCUAUGAAGAAAUGUUAGAUAGGCUCAAAAUUGUUUGUAGACUUUCAACAGCUAAUGGCUUGAAUCAAGUUCUGGACUUUUUCAUCGAAUACAGCAAGACUGGGCCGUGUAUUUUAUCUAGAUCUGCUUUACAGUUAGUUUAUCCAGUAAAUAAUAGCAAAUUCAUGAAAGAACAAUUGAAAGAUGCUGUUAAAACCUUCAUAGCACCACCUUCUCUAACUGUUAAAAUUCUAACUGCAAACCCUCAGGCCAAACAGUAUGUUGAUUCCUUUUUAACACAUUGCGUGAGGCCAUUCUCGAAUUUCCUUCAACUUUGUGGUCAUAAUAGAGCACGUCAAAGGGACAAGUUGGCUCAUCUUCUUGAAGAUUUCAGCAAUCUACAGGAUGAAGCUGAAAGAGUUGAUGCCUUUCUUCACAAUAUUGCUGCAAGUUGCAAUGUGACGAGACAACAUUUAGCAUGUUUCGGUACUUGGAUAUUAUAUCAUACCCUGAAAAUCAUGAUAAUGUACCUCCUGACUGGGUUCGAAUUGCAGCUUUACAUUGCUCAUGAAUUUUAUUAUAUCUACUGGUAUCUCUACGAGUUCCUCUAUGGAUGGUUAAUCUCUGCUCUCACUAGAGCUGAUAGUUUCUUAGUUGAAAACGACAUGAUGAGUGAAUCUUCUAAGCAAAAGAGUGCCAACAAAAAAAAGCCAAAACACAAGAAAAAACCUAGGCCUUACAUGAAAGACAUUGCAUAUUAUCAGGCCUUGCAAAACAUGUGUGGAGGUUAUUAUAAGGCAUUGUUAGCCUUCCGAUUUGAAGGCAAACUUCAGGUUCCAAAUCCCCAAUUUGAUUGUGAGCAAGUACGUUACGAACACCGUUUUGCCCCUUUUCAAAAUCUGUUAACGCCUCCCCCAGUGCAAUAUGCGGAAUUUCGUGAAAUGACAUCUCUCCAGAAUUUUCAGCAUCAACCUGUAGAUAGCACUUAUUUGUAUAUAGGGGGUUGCAAACACUUCCAUCAGGCAAGACAACUUUUAGAGAGCAUACCCCAAGAAAGCGAAGUAGUUGAAUUGAUCAAAAUUUGUAAAACCAAUUUUAUUGUUUUGAAGUUGCUAGCCGGAGGGCACAAAAAAGAUUCGAAUAGCCCUCCUGAGUUUGUAUUUGAUCAGUGUAAAUACUUCCCCAUUAUUAAGCUUGUGUAAAAAAUAGUUGGUAUUGUCUCGUAUAGAAUUGUGGAAUUGUAUUUUUUUUUGUUGAAAUAUAUGUUUAAUACCCACAAAA